AAAUGAGCUAACCGAAAAUGGCCCGAACGCGCUUUUUGAUGCCUGAGGCCCAAUUUUCGGUUGAGAAUCAUCACAGCCUCCAUUGGCUAAAGCUUCAACGAGCAUCACAUCACGUCACAGAGCAAUUGGUCGCCGCGACACUGUCACUCGGCCGAGAUGCUCCCUCAACGAAUUGUGCGGGCCUCGGCCCUGCGCAGCACCAUGACAGCUGCUCGACGACUUCCCACGAUCCAACGCAGAACCUUCCUCCCCGAUCAGUAUACCGACAAGAAGGUCAUUGACCAGAAGUACCCCGAGCCUCCCAGCUUGAGCGAGGCCGAGGACCCUGGAAUGAACGGCGGCUACAUCAACCCUCCCCGAAUCAAGCGACAGUUCCGUGACCCUCAUGCGGGCUGGUGGGAUCCUCAGGAGCGACGAAACUUUGGUGAACCCAUUCACGAGGAUAACGAUGUUCUUGGAAUCUUUUCUCCCUGGGAGUACACCUGGACUACCGCUGGUCCUGGUGCCGUCAUGGUCGGAACCUUUAUCGCCGUUUUCCUGAGCGUUACCGGAGUUGUCUACCUCAACUAUCCCGAUCGACCUGCUUAUCCCCGAGAGUUUGAGGGUGGUCUGGAACGAGAGCUUGGUGGCCCUGGAGCUACAAGGGCUCGCAUGGAGGGUGAUGAGGAACCUUGAGAAAAAUACUCAUUUGUACAUAAGAAAGAAUGGUUCAAUGGAUUAAGUUCAAUGGAUGUUAGAACUGUGCACCAGCAAUUGAUGGUUAAGCGAACUGACAUGAUAUGGCUAACAAAUGGCUUGACUGUAAGGUGUAGUUUAUGGCAGGGGACAAGUAUAACAAGGCCAAUCAACGAUUACAGUUGGAUUCCCAAUUGCUGUCUGCCCAUAAAGUGUUACAAACGUCCAGCUUACACCGAGUCAAACUUACACCAAUGUGUCUUGGAGGCUUUGCUCCUGAAGCCUGCCACGGUCCCUGG